AAGAUAAUUAGACACUAGAUUCUACUGUUCUUGCAUGAAAUGAGCAAGGUAGGAACUAUUGUGAUUAUCGUAGCUGCUGUAUUACCAUUUAUAUACAUCCAUAAUGCUCAUUCUAUAAGCUUUCCUGUUAAUCAAGGGUUUUUGAAUAGCGCUUCACGAGUUUUUAGAUAUCCUAAUAGAUAUAACGACAUCAUAGAAAUUAGCUUACAUAAUUCGUAUGUAUCUCCUGUCUAUUCGGCACAUACUGAGGAACGAUCUCACCCAGAUUUCACUGACAACGAUUUGGAUAAGCGUAUAAACGAAGCACUAAAACAUAAUUUUGUAAGACGCCUUGAGAAUUCUACAGGCUACAUUCCUACGAGCUUUGAUAUAUGUGUUUUGGCAGCUGUACCAGAGUUAUUCCAUGAAAAUUUCAGCAUACGUCACGAAAACCAUUUGGACACUCUUCUAAAUCUACGUAAAUUGUAUCUACAGAAAGUUGAAGAGGAGAGUCAGUUGUCACAACUGUCUAAUCGUCGUUCUGAUUUGGCAAAGGAUUAUCUUACGUCUGGCACCUCCCAGCCGUCGAUCAAAGAAUCUUCUAUAACCCUGCGCAAUGAGAUAAAAUCUCUAGAGGCAAGUAUAAGGAAAUUGAAAGAUGACAUUAGGUCCCUAGUGAACAGAUUGCCAAACAUAGUGUCAGAGGAUGUACCCAAGACCGACACCGUAGUGCAGAAAGUAUAUAGCGGUACUACGAAGGCUAAGGGACAACAAACCACAAUCCCACAUGAUGAGGUUAUUGCGCGCUUCAGUGAAUUCUUUACUUCAAAAUCAACUAAAAUUGCAGGUACAGGGUUUUCUGCAUUCAGUGGAGAUAUAAGCCGAUUAGAAAGAGCACUGAUUAAUUUCAUGCUUGAUACACAUCACAAGCUAUUUGGUUACAAAGAAGUAUCCGUGCCAUUUGUUGUCAACAGCUCCACUUUGGAAGCUACAGGCCACCUACAACGAUUUGAAAACGAUCUUUUCAAACUGGACGAUCGUCACCAAUGUAGCGGCGAUCCCGGUUACUUGAUCCCAACAGGAGAAAUACCUCUUAUAUCACUUUUGAGUAACACAAGGCUACAACAAAAUAAAUUGCCUUUAUGGUUAAUGGCAUACACUCCAUGCUUCAGAGCGGAAAUACAGGAUUACGGUAGAGAAACACGUGGACUUAUUCGAAACCACCAAUUUGGCAAAGUUGAAUUGAUCUGCGUAUGUGAUGCCACUGCGUCAACGGAUUUCCAUGAACUAAUGAUAUCACAUAUAGAAUUCAUAUUGGAGUCUUUAGAUUUGCCCUACCGCAGGGUACUAUUGCCAGCUAACGAACUGGGUUCAACGUCAAACAAAACAAUUGACCUUGAAGUAUACUUCCCUUCUCUAAGGAAAUACAUAGAAGUCUCCAGUUGCAGUAACACCUUGGACUACCAAUCUAAUAAGCUGGGCAUAUUAACGCGAUCAGGCUCAAAGGUGCACUGUAUUAACGGUUCUGGACUUGCAAUAGGACGUACACUUUCAGCAAUAUUGGAGAACUACCAAGUUAUAAAGGAUAGUGGACGUCUGGAGAUUGCCAUUCCACAUAUACUUCAACCAUAUCUGGAAGGCGAUCAGUCUUUAGCAGAACCAUUGCCAUGAUGCGGUGGCGCAAUUUCAGUACACUCUCCAAAAAGGUUGUAGCGUCUGCCAAAA